GGAACCUAUACACAACUCGAACUCGCUUUUUAGACAUUAGGCAAUAUCACGCGGCGUAGUCCUACUUAUUUUACAUCAUUUUAGAAAAAAAUAUCUGUUAGGAUAUCAUAUCCGGAUCCCACUACCUUCGUCGGCCAUAUUAGCCAUUUUUUUUUCGAUUACAGACGUACCUAUAUACAUUUAUUUAGAUAUGUACCUACCUAACUAUCUAGUUAGAUAUUCAUAAAAUAUGAUUUUGAUGUGCCUAUCUACUAUACUAUUGCGUUAUGUAGGUGUGUGUAAUCCAAUGUUUAGUAGCUCUCGAUAUCAUCUCUAUUUACAAUGGUGGUCUUUGUCCGGAAUCCUGUACGAUUGUUGAGAAUUACUUAUUUUGUGACUUGAGUUUAUUAUUAAGUUAUAUAAAUUAAUAUUAUUUGGAAAUUAAAAAACGCAAUUUUAAUGUAUACAAAUAUGUAAAUUUAAUUAUAUUAAUAUUGUUUUGAUAUAUUAACCAAUGAAAAAUCGAUAUUAGUUCAAAAUUCCGCCACCCUUGUAACUGGCGCUCGUGUGCUUUUCAUGGAAGUGGAAUGACCUCGGCCGCCCGUCUCCGUUGUGCCGCGACAGGCAAAGCGUUGUUCGUUUCGUCCGCCAUUUUGUAGUUGCAGUGCAACCGAAGCGCGUGUAGUAAGCAAGUUGCUGCGAAUGAACGUGUGAUUAAAAUGAAUGGAGAUUUGCUGUAGAAAAUUUUGUAGAAGUGCAUUAAUUAGUUGUUUCUGUUAUUUUAUAUUUGUUUUUCAUAUUAUUUAUUUCGGUUCAUGCUUACUUUUUGUAGAAUUCUUGGCAAAAUACACGAUUAUUUGAUAUGACGGUAUAUCUAUUUAACAUAGACUGUGUUGUAAAUGUGCUUAUAAAUAUUCACAGAAGACUUGACGACUGAAUAUAUGUUGUGGAUUUUUUUCAAUAGAGAGUGUGAAAGAAUUCAAUAUGGCUUCCGAAUACGAUCGGAAGUUCGAGGAGAUGAAGAACUAUAUUCCAUUCUUGGAGAGUAUGAUAAAAAGACUGGAGAAUACGUCAGGAUCAACAAAUCCACGACAAGCUCAACUCGAUAAGAUCAGAUCUUUGAGAGAUUUGUUAUUAGAUAAGAAAAAACGGAUGAAAAUGGAAAAUUUGUUAAAAUGUGAACAAGUGCUCGUAAAUUUAUAUGCUAAAGUUGAACAGAGAGACACCUUACCUGGUAUAGACUUGAAGGUGCCUAGUCCUGUAGUAAAAAUAAAGGACGAGCCAGAUUUAGAUGUUGUUCGUAACAAACUUAAAAUUGUAACAAAAAUGCAAGAAGAUUUACCGGAUACAUUACCUGAGAUAGCUAGAGCAAAUGAUAGUCAGGAUUCCUGUACAGCUGGCGCUAAGGAACCAGCUUUAUUCCAGAGAAGACCAAACGCGAUCGGGGCUUCGGCCUCUACUGAUACGAAAAAUUCUCAAUCAAAGAGAAAUUAUACUCGCGUUUUAGUUUCCCCUGAACCAAGCCAUCAGCGUUGGUCUAAACAGGACGAUAAAAUAUUGGAAAAACCACUUUUCAGCCGAAGAUCCCCAAGACAAUCGCCUACUCACAGAAAAUAUAAAAAACAAUCUAAGCAGAAAAAAUCAUCUAAUUCUAACCUGAAUAUCACAUUGAAAGUUCCUGAAGAAAGCUUAGAUUCGUUGAACACGUCGGAUAUUUUUUCCAGGAUAAUCAAUUGUAGUGAUAAUGAUGUUGAUAUAGCAACAUUGAGAGAACUAAGGUCACAGAUUCUUGGGGAACUGAAACAUACAGGUGCCAAAGAUGACAUAUCGGAUUUAAUUUUAAAUUCUACUAAGAGGAAGAAAAAGAAAAAGUCAAAUAAACGAAAAGAAGAUAUAGAAGAAGGUGAAAUAUCUGACAGUGAAAGCGAAGCGAUUGAAAAUAUUUACGGUAGCCUAGUCAUAUUGGAUAAAGAUCAAAAUACACCGACACAGUCAAAGUUGUCUAAUAAACAGGAACAAAAACCACGUAAAAUUCAAAUUCGCCUAGUCAUCAAUUCUGAAAAUGAAGCUGCUAGUUCGGAUUCACCCAGUACGUCUGAUAAGAAAGGUCUGGUUUCUGAUAUUAGUGAUGUAUCGGAGCUUGAAAUGUUCGAUUCUAUUAAAGAAUCGAAGACAACAACUAUUACAACGGAAGUAUGUAAAGUUCCGAACAAAUCAACUGAAAAAGCAGAUAUGUAUGACGAUGAAAUUGCUCCAAAAGCUUCAGAAUUACCUGAUGACGAAAGCUUGAAGUCUAUAGCUAAAGAAGCGCCACCUGAGAAGGUAGUAUCAAUUAACAUUGAAGAUAUAGAAAAUAAAGAAAUAAAUUUGUUAGAAGUGGAUAAAAACAUCGAACCGAAAGUUAAAAAUACUAAUGAUAUGUCAUUCAAACCCAACUUUUAUAAGCCAUUAAUUGAAAACGAGACUGAUAAUAAACAAAAUAAAGUAGAGACCGAUAAAAUUCUCAACAAUGAUAAAGACAUUUUAAGUAAUGAUCAAAAAGAAUCUGGAUUGUUAUCUGGCGAAAAUAAUUCAUCUGAUAAAAGUAUCCUGUCAGUUACAACCAAAGAAGUCAAAGAUGUGCCAAAAGAUGACAUAAAAAUACCUCUUUUGAAUGAACCAAAUGAUGUCUCACACAAACCAAAGGAUAAUGUUGUCUCAGAAAUAGAUAUAUUACAAGCUCUCAAAAACGAGAUAUUAAGUGAUUCAAUUGCUAUUCCUGUCACAGACCCAGUCACUCCUGCACUGCACCAACCGAAAGUUACUAAAGUAGCUAACACACAAGAAAUAGCACCCAAAAAAAGAAUAUCAAUUGAAAAAUAUAAACAAAAAUCUACUCCAAAACCAGCUGUAAAACCCUUGUUUACUUCACAGGCGUCCUUGAAAGAUGAUCUUAAUAAAAAACAAAGUCUUAAAUUAACAGAAAAGGAGUGUGAAAGAUUUAAAUUCGCCCUGGAUAAUGAAUUAAGCUCAGAUGAUGACGAUAUAUACGAAGAUCUUAACAAGUCUGAUGAGGACGUUAGUGUUGAUUUUGCACCCAAAUCUCCAGACAAUGAUGAGUCCAGUAAUAUUGGAACUAACAAUCCCGUUAUAAUACCAGUUGAUCCGGUUAAGAAUGUGAUUGUAAGCUCAAAAACAGAUGUUGAUAUGAGAACAUUAAUGCCUGUAGUAUCACCAGUGGCGGCUACUAUUCCAAUAACAAAAGCAAUUCCAAGUAGAGACGUAAUCAAUGAAUCGAAACAAAGCAUUGCAAAACAAGAAACAAAUAGACCAUCAGAUCCUCGAUUGAAAAGGGACGCUACUUUAAAUAAUAGUAUCGACCCCCAACCCGUACCUCCGCCUAUUCUUAAUUAUCCAAAUGUCACUACUGCUAUGCCUGCCGGCAAAGUACUUACUCUAAAUGUGACGUCCAAUCCGAAUAUGACGCCGACUAUGUCCGCUAGUAUGCCCCAAAAUAUAAUACCGAAUAUGACGCCUAAUUGGAUACCGAAUUUGAUACCAAAUAUGACACCGAAUUCUAAAACUUUUGAAAUCGAUGAUCAACCAAAACGCAAACAUGUUUAUGCUUCGUUAUAUGAUCCUAGUGAUUACUCUGAAGAUACGCAGAGGCCACACUGGGAAAAAUCCGACAAAGCUACUCCACAUUGGGAAACAAAAGAUGAGCGAGAUGAUCGCUUACUCAAACAUAAUCAAGAUAAGAAAAAACAUAACAGAUAUGAUUCACGUGGUUUUUAUAAUCGAGAUGAUAUGUAUCGAAGGAACGAUGCGCCUAGUCAUUCAUUCGGUAGAUCUGACUGUCCUUCCACACCUAGCCACCCAUUUGGUAGAUCUGAGUGUCCUCCAACUCCAAGUCAUCCAUUCGGGAGAUUGGAUUGUCCAGCGACACCUAAUCCUCACUUUGGAAGGUCAGAAGGCCCAACUUUAAGUCAUUCUUUCAGUAGAUCGGAGUGUCCAAUGACUCCCAGCCAUUCAUUUGGUCGAUCUGAAUGUCCAACUACCCCCAGUCAUCCAUUUGGUAUAUCAGAAUGUCCACCCACCCCCAAUCAUCCAUUUGGUAGAUCUGAAUGUCCACCAACCCCCAGUCAUCCUUUCGGUCGAUCUGAAUGUCCGCCAACACCAAGUCAUUCUUUUGGGCGAACAGAAGUGCCGAUGACACCCAGCCAUCCUUUCGGUCGAGUAGAUCCAAGACUUCAAAAAAGUAAUGAAAGCAAUAUUCAUAACGAUGAUAGAAAUCAUAGAUAUUUUAAAGAGCAGUCUGCAUAUAACACUUCUCAAACUUAUAAUCCAAUACAUGAUUUAAAGAGCAAAUCAUACAACAUUGAUCAUUACCGAAAUAGAGAGCAAAGUAUUGGUAGAAACGAUAGAAAUAGAGCAAAUUAUUACAAUGACCAAAAUAUCCGUAACAGCAACGAAGAAAGAAUGUCAAGGCAUGAAAGUAGUGGUAAUCAUUCGAGAAAUUAUGACCAUGACCAAUACCGCGCUAGAGGUCGUAGGUCUGAUACCGAUUAUUACCAUAAUGAUAAACAUACAAGAUUUGAAUCGCGAGCUAAUUUCCAACGCGAAAGAAGCGUUGGUCGGACAAAUCAAAUCGACGAUAGACAAGUUCGUUCAAAUUCGAGAGCUCAAAGUGUUGGUAGAAAUUCUGAAAGAGAAGAAAGUAAUACGUUAUCAAUAAAGUCUAAUACUGGGCGUUCCUUUGCUAUAGAUACAAGUGUUAACUCUACAUUCCAAGAUUUUAUGAAAACAAAUAAAGAGAAGAGUAUUUUUGAUCAAUUAUUUGAUAGGAAUAAUCGAGCAUCUAGCGUUGGAAGGACAUUUGUUCGGGAGGCGAGUGUGGGCCGCACUAUGUCUCGACCGUUGAAUUCGAUGAAUAAAGCAGAAAAUACAAAUGAUCGUUUUAGGAGAGCUCGUAGUGUUGUUAGAGAUACAAGAGAAACGAAAAGCUUUAAUGAAAUCAAAGCUGAUUUUGAAUCUUAUAGGUCUAAAGCAAAUGUUGCUUCGAAGCAAAAAAAUGAUUUAAUGAAUAGUAAGGUGUUAGAUCGAAACAGUCCUCGUGCAUCGAAAAAUAAUGAAACUGAGGCCAGGAAAUACAAUGAUUCUAAAGUAACUUAUUCACCUCGAAAGAAUUACAGAGAUCCCAGAUUGAAUCGUGAUUUUUAUCAUGACUCAAGAAACAAACCAAAAGAAGAUAGAUAUAGAUAUGAUUCUCGUGAUAAGAAAAAACACGGAAUAAUUUAUUCUAAUGACAAUAUUGCUAGUGGUACAAUUUUGGGAUCAGGUUAUGGAGUCAAAAAUUAUAAAAUUCCGAAAAUAAAACGCGCUGAGGAAGUACCGCCUGUAAUACAAAUCUCGGAAAAGUCUGAUGAGAUAAAAGAGAAAAAUAAACAAGAUAAACCAUUGGUUAAAGUAGAAAAGGGCAAGACUAGUGGAAACCAUAAAAACAAAGAUAAGGAAAUCAAAAGUACUGAAAAAGAAAGUAAGCAGAUUUCUAAUAUAAAAUCUAAGGAUAAUAAAAUUAAAGCAAAGGAAGACAUCGUCGACAAAAAAGUUAAAAAGGGCAGUAAAAAAAUUGAAAACGAGGAACCGAAAAUUCCUAAUGAUGAUAUGGUAGUUAGAACUCGUAGAUCUAUGAGGAAGAUUAGAGAUUCUGAAUCUGAAUCUGAAGAAGCCGUACACAAUACAAAGAGUUUCAAGGUUACAGAAAAAAAAUUGUCCACUGAUAAAGAACAGAAAAAUAUUUCCUUAGAUACCAGUUUUGUUAUUGACGAUUUAGAAAAUGCCGUGUGUGAUCCAGUUAUUGAUACCAUUAACUCCUUAAUAGCUGAUUUAGAUGACGACAUAAACACACCUAAAACUGAAAUUGCGAAUAAAUUUACCAACGAAAUUUCUCUCGAAAAUAUGUUGGAAAAUAUUACUUCUCAAUCAGCAAACGAUAUUUCUAAAGAUGUUUCCGUAGAAAAUGCAUUGAAAGAAAUAAACCAUUUACUAGGUAAUUAUCAAAAUACAAGUAACAAUACUACUACUGAAGAAAUUUGCUUAACAGAUGCUCCGCAAGAUUUAGAAAAAGAAAAAACACCACUAAUCACAAAUGAGCAAAUAAAAGAUAAUGAAGAAAACUUAACAGAUAACUCUGGAGAUGUCAAGAUGUCAUUAGAUGAUGAGAAAUCUACUGGAAUUGAAAAAAUAACUCCGGGAAAUGAUGGAGUACAUACAAAGGGCACUCCGGUUGCUAAAGUUUCUAUUCAAGAAAAAUCUAGUAGAUAUCUAGGUGAUAACAACACCGAUAAAAAUAUGUCCGAAACUCGUGAAUCAGAUACACCUAAGAUUGAAGCAGAUGUAACCAAAUCGUUCAAAGAAGCUGAUGCUAUUGUAUCUACUACAGAAAAUAUUAUAAAUGAACUGAAUGGUGAAGAAUCACAUAAUGACGAACACAUUGUAAGAUCUAGUACUCCAGAUAGUACUAAUACGGAAGUUAUUUCAAAAGAAUCUAUUCCUUUGGGUGCUUUACCUGAUAGCACUGAUCAAAUGCACAGUGAAGUUUCCGAAGUUUCGUCUAGCAACACUUUUGCCCAGACACCAAAAGACCCAGAAUCUAGUUCAUCAAACAAAGAUGUUGCGGCCACUUCAGACCCACUUGGUAAUAUAUUGUCAAUUUUGCAAAGUAAGACAAAACUGAAAGAGUUACUUAGUAUGCUCGGAGAUCAGUCGAAUGAAAAUGACAAAAUAAAGAAAAAGCUGGAAAAAUUAAGUGAAAUCGUGUCUGAUGAGGAAGAUACUAGGGAUGAUGCUGAACAAGAUACUGCAAUGGGCAUAGACCAAGAAUCUAGGGAUGGUACUGAAUUGGAAUGUUUUGAAAAUAAUGAUGAUGAAAGUAAAGAAGAUGGACAACAAAAUUUGAUAAAAGAAUCAUUUGAAGGACAAAAUGAUGAAGAAAUCACAAAUGUUCAAGAUUUCAUCAAAACAGCGGAUUCCAAUGAAUCAAAUGUUGGGAAAAAAAAUAAAAUAAUGAAGAAACAUCCUAUGAAAAAGGUUAAAAUUACAAGAAAGCGAAACCCGAUUGUAUCAAAGAAAGUGUCUGUAGAGGAAAAGCGUGUAACAAGAUCAGACAUAAAUCAACAGAAAUCUAUCACAUCUAAGAAAAAGAAAAAGUCUGAAUUACUCAAAUUACAAGAAGAUAUUAAAGAAAUGUUCAUCAGCGAUGAUGUUUUAAAUGUGACUGGAAUUAGAAUGUGCCGCUUAGCUAAAUUAGUGGAUGACAACAAUCAAAAAGAUAAUUCAACAAAAAGUGACACGGAACCGAUUGUCGUUUUAGAAAAAAUACAUAAAACUGAAUCAAAUAAUGAUGUGGAAGCCAAAAUUGGUAAACCAAAGGUCGGAUCAAUAGUUAGAAAGAAAUCAGGACCGAAAUCAAAAGUACGGAUUGAAACCUCUGAUGAAAAAAUAGAAAAAUCUAAAACUAUUCCUAAAUAUAAACCUGGACCUAAAUCUAAAACUAAAUCUCAAAAGACAUCUAUGGACCUAGAUCCUUAUGAAUUCGAAACUGAUUCUAUAAAUGAAUCAAAUACUAGUAAAAUUAGUGAAGGUAGUGUUCGCGAUAGCUCUGAUUCAGAUAACGAAUCUGAGACUUCUCUUACUAGUUUCGGUAGUUCCGAAACGUUGUCUGAAUUAAAACCGCUAUCAGAAUUGAAGAAGAAACCCAAGCGCAAGAAAUUUUCCUGGCAAACAGGUGUUAUCAAGCCUAAGAAUAAAAAGAAAAAGAUGGAACAAAAAGCUGUCGAGAUUGAUUCUAAAAUUACUAAUACGGAUGAAACUAAUCAAAUCGCUAUACCUGACUAUAAUUGUUUCAUAGACAAGCAAUAUAGUUAUGUUAAGAAUGUUUUUACAUACUCCUGUCGUUUGUGUGUUUAUAGUGGAGAAGAAAUUGUUGCUCAUUAUAAAAAAGAACAUCCUCACACUGAAAUCCCCUUAUCACGACUGAGUCCUCUAGUUGCAAAAGAAGCUAUUGAACAAUGCGAAGAAAUCAAUUUCCAGGCUAUAAGCAGGAUACCUACUGAUAAAUAUGUUUGCCGAUUCUGCUAUAAAGAAUUCGGAAAGAAAAAAGCAGCUUUAGAAUCAUUUUUUUGGCAUGUUGUCAGCAUGCACACAGGUGAAUACAAACAUAUUUGUUCCGAAUGUGUAAAUAUAACUAGAUGCCCCUUCAAUUUGGAUAUUCCUCCACCUCCUAAAGAUAUAAAUGGACAACUCAUUGGAUACAUAUGUGGAAAAUGCAAUUUUACACAAAUUUCACUCGAAAAUUUAAAAACACAUGUAAUUGUACGUCAUAAUGAUGAACAAACUGAAGUGUAUACGAUCAAUUUGGCGGUCAUGUCCAGAAAAAUUAUCAACAUGUUAUCAAAACGAGUGCUUAAAAAUGCGCCUAGAGCAGAGUCGAGUCAAGCUCGAGUUUUGAGAAGUUCGCGAUCUAAUCAAAGCGUGACUGAAAUGAGUGACGACCGCAGUGAUGCAACGGAAACUAACAGUUUUGUCGCCGACUCCAAAACAAAGGAAAGAGAUGGGAUCGAGCGUGAAGACAAAAUAAAGUUAUCAUUUGAAACCAAGUCAAAAUUAAAAUCGAAAAUAACUUUUGAAACCGAUGACAGUGCUAGUGACAUUAGUAACUCAUUAAAUCAGACGCCUGUAAAAAUUGAGAGAGAAGAAUUUGAGGAAGAAAUGGCAAACGCCGCUGUCGAGCCUACUGGGACAAAUCUGCAAACCGAUGUGGGUGCUACUUCUGAUGGCACCCCCCAUUUUAAAGUAAAUUACACUGACACAGGAACUGGGCUUCAAUUAAUGUGUUUUGUGAAAGAUAAAGAGUGUCACUUUACGAGUAGCACCACGAGAGGAUUGAGAACACAUGUAAGUUUAAAGCACAAAGACCAGAAAUGGAACGGGUAUUGCAUGGAAUGCAAAGAUUUUGUGAACAGCCCAGGCAAAUAUUCCUUCAAAGAUUGUCUAAUGCAUUUCCAAGCAACGCAUAUGGACAAUAAUAGAUACUCCGAGAAUGUCAUUUCAGAUGUGCAUUUUAAAAUUGAUGGGCUGAAACAAUUUGUUUGCAAUAUAGACGGUCAAGACCAUUAUCAAUGUUCCACAGUAACAUCUCUGAAAACUCAAUUAAACUCUCAUAAGGGAAAGUGGAGCGGAUAUUGUAUAGAUUGCAAUUAUUUCGUGAAGCCUCGAGGCGAAUAUUCGGUUAUGCAGUGUUUAUCACAUUAUAUGACUGAACAUAAUAUACGUGAUGAUUCGUCUGUCUCUUCUACAACUGAAAAUGCUGUAGCAAAUGACAGUCUUCAAGAGAAUCCUGCUCAUGACAUUUUUGCUUAUCCUCACUUCAAAGUGACUUACACAAACACAGGAAACAAAGAAUUUGUUUGUUGCAUAUAUCAAAAAGAAGGAAUUCAUUAUAAGACUCCCCUCUUGAUUUCUUUGAAGAGGCACGUGCAAACGAAGCAUUUAGAGAAUUGGGAUGGUUAUUGCUUUAUGUGCAAAGUGAUUGUGAUGCCCCAAGGUCUUCAUUUGUUUAAAGACUGCCUGCAACAUUUCUUGGACAAACAUGUGGAUGACUUCCCCGUACUAGAAAAGGAGUCAGAACCUGAGAAACCAGUGGAAGAACCAGCCCCAUCCCCAGCUCCUAGACAGUACAUUAACGUGCGACCUUUAUCUCAAUUGAAAAGUAUCGAUGCUCAAGAAGCGGGCCUUGUUUUACCGAAGAUAGAAAGCGUAAUUAGUCUAGGAGCACCUGCACCUACCACUGAGUUUGCAACUCCACCAGAAGCAGAAGUGGUUGAACCGUCGGAGCCUGAACCACAGGUGGAACCAGAAGAUGAGUUCCACAAUUACGAGGCAACUCAAAUUAAGGUGAUGUCUCAGAAGCACCCAGUCGUGCAAGAAGCGAUGUUGAGAAAAGAAAAGUUGGUUCGAGUGUUCAAAUGCGCUGGGAGUUUCUGCUCUUUCGCCACAGACUCAGCAGACAUGGCGCUGUCUCACGCUAUGACUCAUCAAAAGAUUGGUGGCGAGAAUGCUCUGUGUUGCUCGUACUGUGACUUCGACUGCUCUGGCAAUGCUAUAGACUUGGUGGUUCACGUUUUUAAGCAUGCCAGUUGCCCAUUUUCAUGUGGACAUUGUUUCUAUAGAGCUGCCGCUGCUCAGCUGGUGGUAGCUCAUUCGAAGAAUGCACACCCUGGGAAACAAGUCCAGGUGUACAUAUCCACCAAUGCCGUACUCCCAGAAAAAGAUACUGCGAAAAUGCUGUCAAGAGACGCCGUCGUACAAUAUUAUGUUUGUAAUCAUGGUGACAGCGAGGGUCGAUGCAAGUUUAAAACCUACACAGCGCGCAAGUUUUGCGACCAUCUUCAGACUCGGCACGUGGGGGAACAUUCGUGUUAUAUUUGCUCGGAAAGUCUGCCGACGGGCCCGGAGCUGGUGCAGCACAUGCGGUCGCACGAGCUGGGCCUGUACCAGUGCACGUGGUGCGUGCGCGGCGCGGACUCCGAGUCCGAGCUGCUGGCGCACGCGGCGCUCCAGCACCCCGCGCGACUGCCGCAGGCCUAUCUCCGGAUCAUCACUAACAAGGACGGAUCAUCAGAGAUGCGAGUGCUUCCACUAGCGUCCUUCAACAGGAGCAGCAUCGGAGUGGAACACGUGAACACUGGUUCUCUCCCAGAGAACCCGGAGAAGGAGGCUGAGCGCUCCAUAGACCUUCAGAAACUCAUCGGACAAACCAAACUCAUGUUCGAAACCAUCGCUUCCACCUCCGAGAAACUCCCCGAAGCACCACCCAAUACUACCGAAGACAUGGCCACGAUAUCCCCAACGCCGACCAACAAAACCCCCCCAAGAACCACCACACCACAACCAGAAUUGUCAGAACAAACUACGCCCAUUCUCAAAUCGGAACCGGUCGAUAUAACACCCUCGAAAAUAACCGACGAAAUCGUAUGCCUCGAUAGCGACGAAGAGGCUAGUGAAAAUGCUAGCGAGACCUCGGCCAGCGUCAUCGACAUCUCCACGGAUGGCGACGACGAAUCUGCUAAAUCCAAAAGCAUAUUAGUCGACGACCAAGUGUUCAAAUGCCCCAAGUGCUUGCAAUGCUGCAAAACUGACACCGGUCUCAAACUACACAUUUUGAAGUGCUACAACCCCAACUGGCCCAUGGCCUGCCCGCACUGCCACAAGAUGACUCAGAACAGAGACAUUCUCGUGCAACACUACAUAACUGACCACUGCAAAAAGUACACGUGCAGCUGCUGCAAUCGCGAAUUACACUCCCUUAAAGGCGCGAAAAGUCAUAUGAAGAUGAUUCACAAAAUCACCAAAGUGAAUGUAAUUUAUAGCACUGGCAGUAAUAAUCACAUUGUCGAGAAAGAUACGUCCAGCAGCCCCCCCAGGGCGCCCCUGAAACGGAAGCUGUCCUCGAGCGCGCCCCCGGCGCCCCCGGCGAAGCAACCGAAACGCUACGGCCCGCAAGACGUAGACCAGUUGCCGAUAAAUCCUAUAUUAGAUGAGCUGGUGUAUUGCUCCCUUUGCGAGUUCAAUACCAAGGUGCGGCUCAACAUGGUGCGCCACCUGCAGCUGCACGCGGAGCAGCAGCCGGUCCCGCAGACGGCGCCCGUCAAUCCGGUCCCGCAUCUGGAGACCAACGAGAUGCACUUCGAUAAAAUGGUCAACUUGGCGUCCAGUUCUCUGGCCAAGGAAAAGACUAAAGAAGUCGGACCUAUCGUGUCCCAAAUACCUCCCGAAGCGGCCGCCAGGUAUCCUAAAUACGUGCCCGAGAGGCAGCGGUAUACCUGCGGCGCGAAGGAUUGCUCUUACACGUCCGUGGACGAGUCCAUGCUCCGCUGCCACUGGGAGACGCUGCACUCCGGGACCACCGACUACCGCUGCGUCCACUGCCCGCCGUACCAGCACCUGGAUAAGUCUAAACCCUUGAUAGCGGCUAGGAUAUUGCUGCAUCUGAAGAUGCACGACACGUCUCUGUACGCGUGUUCGUCGUGCACUUAUUAUUAUUUCAAGAAGCAAGUCGUAGAGAAGCACAUCAACGACGCGCACAAGGGUAGCGGCCACGUGAUGGUGGUGAGAGAAGAGGCGACGGGGCCCGUGGUGCCGGCGGCCGCCAGCGCGCCGACCAUGGACCUGAAGCCGUGGCAGUGUGGCCUGUGCCGGUACAAGAGCAUGCUGCGGCCCGACGUGGCCGACCACUGCUCCAAACAGCACCAGUCCAAGAUGCAGUACAAAUGCGCUUACUGCCCGUUCAGGACGUCGACAUUGGAAAACGUAGUGAAACAUCAAUCGAACUCUCACCCUGGGCGCCCGGAGGACAUAUUCUAUUAUUACUACCGCGAAGGAUCUGUCGCAGAUGAGGACGGCACCCCAAAAUGGAUGAAGCAGCGUCAGAAAAUGGGUAUCACUGAAGAUGCAGUGGUGAAAACCGAGGUGGCCGUUGAAGGUCCGGUUGCUAAAGUCGAUCCUCCGGUGAAUGCGGCCGCGGUAACCGUGGACCUUAACAUAGUGAAGAAGGAAGUGGAAGACCAGUGUGCGAAUGGUGGGUUGAGUGUUGACGAGUUGUGUCGGAGGUUCGGCCAGUUCUGUGAGCCCAACGGACUGCGGUACAAGUGUUGUCUGUGUACUGUGGUGACCGAGGACAGCAGGGAAGCCAUGCAGUCGCAUUUGUACGAGGAACUGCAGUAUAGGAAAUGGCGCUGCAGCAUAUGUUCUUACAAGGCGUUCCAUAAAAAUGGUCUCAACGAGCACAUUUCUACGGAGCACCGGGGACGGAUGCAGGAGCCGUUGCCCAUAAACCUGCCGGUGGACGACAACAUCGAGAGAUGGGUCGCCGCACUCCUCCAACACCAAACCACUAUCAUCGAUAAGAAUAAACAAAAUCUGUUCAUGCAGAAGGUGCAAACGCCUGGUCCUUCAGGGUUGAACUUGAUAAACGCACCCCAAAAACCGCCGGAAAAGCCAGCUGAAACGCCUCUUACCAAUUUCACACCUAAGAAGUUGGAAGAAGCUUUCGGGUCGUUCGGAGUGCCCAACUAUAAGGAUUUCUGCUGUCCCAAAUGCAUGUUCAGAACCGAUAAGGAAGAGCUGAUGAAGGAACAUUUAGAAAGCGAAUUGGCUAAAAUACGAUGGUGUUGUAUACUGUGCGGCGACAAUUCGCAAACUUACCACGAAGCGUUGAUACACUGUAGAACAAAGCACGAAGGACAACCAGCCAGGCCCAAAGAGGCACUGCGAGACCCCAACAUGAGGGCGGGAUGGGUCGCCAUGUGCAUAAAAACCCAAAAACGACACAUGCCUAUAGAAAACACUGAAGCGACAAAGCCUGAAGCAAACACAAAUACUCAAGACGUUGAAACAGAGAAUUUUGACCUUAAAGAGCUGGAAGAUGAUUUCGGGCAGUUUGGAGUGGCCAAUAACAUGCAGUUCUGUUGUCCAAAGUGUGUGUUCCGGACCGAUAGUGAGGACGAGAUGAAGGAACAUAUGGAGGGCGAGUUGAAUAAAAUACGCUGGAGCUGCAGCAACUGCCCCGAGAAGUUCCAGACGUACCACGAGGCGCAGUUCCACUGCAAGAGUCACCCCGCGCCCGCGCGGCCCUGCGAAGCCCCGCGCUCAGCGCGGCGCCGCGCUGCCUGGCUCAGCGCGCUGCUGCGCCGCCAGCGCCGCGCCCGCGCCCCCGCCCGCGCCCCCGCCCGCGCCCCCGUCAGCGCCCCCGCCAGCGGAGACUCGCUCCUCGUCGUCCGCUACGAGGAGAACGUCUCCAUACCGGAACCGUCCACGUCGGCUCCGAGGGCGCCGCCCCCCGCCGGCGCCCCCCUCCCCGCCGAGAGCGACGACGAGAAGCUGGUGAUCGACGAGCGGCACCCGCCCAAGCGGAUCGGCAAGCUGACGCUGUGCCCGCACUGCCCCUUCCGGUCGAAGCAGCGCACGGUGGUGCGCGAGCACAUGUACCGCCACUACGGCCUCGCGCCUGUGCGCUGCGGACACUGCGCCUUCUCCGGCUACCGCUCCAGCGUCUCGGCCCAUCUCGAGGCCGCCCACCCCGACCUGCCCAAGAAGGUUGCGGCCAACCCGCUGCCCGAGGGCCCGCCCACCGUCCUCGACGUGAAGAACCGCAAGUCGAGGCGCAGGAGCAGAACGAGCGAGUGGCGCUUCUGCCUGCUGUGCCAGCUCACGUUCACGACGGAGAGCGCGGCGGCGCAUGCGCACGAGGACGCGCCCGCUGUGUUCGUGAAGCAUGGGGAUAUAGUCGUCAACUGCAAGGUGUGCCUCACCUUCCGCAAGGACACUGAGCUCAUGGAGGAGCACUACGCCAGUGUGCACCCGGGCAAGCCCCGCAACUACUUCGUGUACCAGAUCCUGUACCAUGCCACUUCUGACGAGUCGACGCUGCCCGCGUUCAAGAGGAUCCGGAAGCUGCCUACUGAAACUAUAGACAUCCAAGACGACGACAGUCCCCCUCCUAAGAAGGUAGCGAGGAAGUCCACUACCAAAUUGCCUAUGCAGACUGUCGCCAAGAAGUCGACCACGAAGCUACCUUUCUUGUACAUCUCUGAGGACGAAGAAUACUCGUUCUACGGAACUAAGCCUACUCCGAUGGACGCGUAUGAAAAUGUCACGACUCUUAUGCCGUUCUGUAACACUAUGAUGCCGUUUACCGUGAAAAAAGUAAGUGAAAUAUUAAAAAUUAAUCCUAGGGUGGUCAUAAAAGACUAUAAAAAGUGAAUAUUGAUCAAGAAUUAUUGUGAAUUUAAAUGUGUAUAAUAUUAAGUAGGAAUUGGUCCAAGUUUAGUUACUUAUAGAGGAAAGUUCUAUUCAAACUUAAAAAUUCAACAUUAGAAAAGUAAACCGAUCUACAAUAGAUGAUUACAGGUGUUAAUUAAACUUGGACAUGUUAAUCUGUGAUUACCAAACAUUCUUUAUAAGUUUAUAGUUAUAGGUCGUGUUAAGUGAUUGUCUGGAAGAUAACAACUCACCUCAAAGCAUUUGUAUUUUUCUAGUUUGUAUUUAAGUUACUAUAAUGUGUCAAUUUCAGAUCGAAAUGUUAAGAAAUUUUUAAUUUUUCGAUGUUUUUGUUAGCACAUCAAUAGCGUUGGGACUGUUACACCAAAACUAAAAGUAUAUGACAUAGAAAUUCUAGAAAUCCGUGCGCUAUUUAUGUGCAAACCGCAACUCGUUGAAUGUAAAUAAAAUGUCUCAAAAUCGGAGACAUGUCAGUUUUGAAGGGGCAAUUUUUUUUGCAAAUUUUUCUUUGUGAAUUCAAUAGAGGUCAUAUUCCACAUUAAUUUCUUUACAGCUUGCAAAAUUUACAUUCGUAGCGAAAACUGAAAGUUUGAUUAAAGAAUCUUUAAAUUCUA